AAUCGAUGUCCAAUCCAAUCAAGUCAAACACAACACAUUGAGACCGGAACCGACCAAGGAAUCGAUCAUGGAAAACCUACCAGAAAUUGCAGGCUGCCACUGCCAGCUUUGCUGCCCUGUCAGCCCCUCCCGCGGUAGCUUGUAUUCGUCCGUCAGUGAAACGGGUCCGUGUAGAAACAGCGGCAAACAAUUACAAUACGCAAACGCAGCUGGGGGCGAGGGGUGGGGGCGGAGGGGGUUGCCUUGGCGGUGGCCGGAGAAUGGACACCACGACUAAGCUAUGCACACGCAAUAACCAUGGCAACCGACUUGUGGGCUGAAGUGUGCACAUCUUCACUUUCUGUGCGCGUGUCCGCGCGCAAAUGUGAUUGGUGGAAAAUGAAGAUGAUUUUUUUUUUAAAAUAAAUCGAAAUAGUCGCCAUUGCAUUAUCCUGGCAACGCAAUGACGUAAUUGUGAUGAAGUCAUCAUGCUGCAAAGGGAAGCUAUCGAUGCAGUUAUUGAUUAGCGUCUCUGCUGUCCCACUAAACCAAUUAAGUUGAGUGCGUGUGUGAGAAAUUGAGAGAGAGAGAGAGCGAGAGAGAGAGAGAGAGAGAGAGAGAGUGGGGCAUAGCCGACCCCGACUGCGCAGCACAUCAACCCCACACCGCGGAGGAGACAUGAACGCCUGAUGAGUUCUUUUUUGGAGGAGUGUUUUUCUAUAAAACAACGACAAGAAGAUGACCUUUGACCUGGCGAGGCUGCCCGUCCUGGCUGUCGUCAUGCUGGUCACAGCGAUCCGCGGUGGAAGAGUCCUCAGUGGUCAACGGGUGUGUCUGGGCGUGGCCUGGCGAGCGUGCUACAAGAUGGCGUACUUCCACGACGUGUCCAGCCGCGUGGACUUCAGGGAGGCGGAGCUCGCGUGCCGCAUGGACGGCGGCCAGCUCGUUAGCAUUCGCACGCCACAAGAACAAAAACACAUCCAGAGCCUGCUGGAGGAUUUGCGUCUGGGCUCGGGCAUAUCAGAUGGCGAUUUUUGGAUUGGUUUGACCCGCGCGGACGACGAGCGCAACCCUCCCGAUGGCGUCACUUCCUGUCCGCAACGCUACAGGUGGACCGACGGCAGCUCGGCGUCCUUCAGGAAGUGGUACUCGGACGAGCCGUCGUGCGGCGCCGAGUCCUGCGUGGUGAUGUAUCAUCAGCCGCGUGCGGAUCCGGGAGUGGGCGGGGCCUACCUUUAUCACUGGAAUGACGACCGGUGCUCCAUGAAACAUAAUUUUAUCUGCAAAUAUCAACCAGAACGCCACCCGGAGGAGGACCCCAGCAUCGCGACUGCUGGGCAGGGAACGGAGACCACACUGGACAGGGGUCACGUCACCUUGACAGGAACUUCAGGCCCGUUGGCGCUGUACGUCAUCCUUCCAACCAUCCCGCUGCUGCUGCUCAUCUUGGCGGCCUCGGCCACUUGCUGCUGCCGCCUGCUGAGCGCAAGGUGGGCAAUAUUCUUGCGCAGUUGGCGCCGAGAUAACCCACGUAGCUCCUUCCACCAACAGCUCGCCGGCGAGGCAGGCCAACCUCUGGAUUGCCAAGCCGCCCAAAGGUGACAUCAUGGAGCCGUGACAGCGCAGCUCCCGGUGACGUGGGCGGAGCCAAUAGUGUCACCUGACAUCCUUAGAGGAUCGCAUGCUGAGCUUGUUUUGCUGUGUUCCAAGUAGUGAGCAUGAGAAAAUGUUCACUUUUUUUUCUUUUAUAUUUGCUGAAGCUCGGGGCUGAGCUCACACCAUGCACAAAUAAAUGGAAACUCAUAAUUGCCAUAAUGUUUUUU